AUGGCUAUGCAAUCAAAUUACCCUUCCUCCUUCUCUUAUGACUUCAACUAUGACGUGUUCAUCAGUUUCAGAGGCCCCGACACUCGCUUCGGUUUUACCAGUAAUUUCUAUAAAGCUUUUUCUGACAAUGGAAUACAAAUCCUCAUUGAUGACCAGGAGCUUCGGAGAGGUGAUGAAAUCACACCUUCACUCUUCAAGAAUAUUGGAGACUCGAGGAUUGCCAUUAUUGUCUUCUCUAAGAACUAUGCCUCUUUUCAUUUUGUUUGGACGAACUUGUACACAUAA